GUGUCGGGAGGUGUGCGCUGUGUGUGUCGCGUCCGUGAGUUUCAAUGCUGUCAGAGCGGUUUGACAAGCAGGCUUUGCGGUGAAUUUUAAACAGGACCGUCCGAGAAGCAGCACAGCCUCCCUCGCACCGCCGACCUGACCGCUGGCAGUCUCUCAGAGCCCGUGUGUUUCAUUCCUGUCCGCAUGGCGGCCCGGGAUUGGGAGACUGAUGAUUGAUUCAAAUCUUGCCGUGGUCCAGCGCCAUGGUAGAUAUGCCGAGCCUCUACAGUCCCUCGUCCCCUCUGGGAGACCCGAUUAUGUACAGCCCUCUGAGCGGAGAGCUCAUUGGUGACAUGCAGGUGCUGGAGGACAUCUCUCAGUCUCUCAGCGACGACACCUUCAACUCCUUUCACAUGCUGGACUACCAGAACUGUGACACUGCAGUAGACAACUCAUCGAUAUUAGAUGUCUUAACUCCGGCGUCUAGUCCGUCCUCAGAAGUGUUCUCAGCCAGCACGGGUCAGGACGAGAACUCAUCCGGAUCUCUCACCCUCGAGUGCCGCGUCUGUGCCGACCGGGCUUCAGGUUUCCACUACGGAGUGCAUGCCUGUGAAGGGUGCAAGGGCUUCUUCAGGAGAACCAUUCGACUUAAACUGGAGUACGACAAGUGUGAACGCAACUGCAAGAUCCAGAAGAAGAACCGAAACAAAUGUCAAUACUGCCGAUUCCGCAAGUGCCUUGCAGUGGGCAUGUCCCACAACGCUAUUCGUUUUGGGCGGAUACCCCAGUCCGAGAAGCAGCGUCUGAAAGCGGAGCAGGACGUCAGCGGGAAAGAGGAACACAAAUGUCAGCAGCCGGACAUGAGGAGUCUGGCCAGACAGAUGCACGAAGCCUACCUCAAACACUUCCACAUGAACAAAGCCAAAGCACGUGUGUUUCUCACAGGCAAGACCAGCACUCCGCCCUUCGUCAUUCACGACAUGGACACUCUCCAGCACGCAGAGAAGAAACUAGUCACCCAGCUGCUGGGUAACGUGGCAUCGGGCGACAUCUCCACCCUGCAGGAGCGAGAAGUGGAGGCCCGGCUCUUCCUUUUCUGCCAGUACGCUUCAGUGGCCACGGUCACAGAGCUGACGGAGUAUGCCAAGGCCGUGCCAGGCUUCGCCGACCUGGACCUCAACGACCAGGUGACGCUGCUGAAAUACGGGGUGUACGAGGCGCUGUUCACUCUGCUGGCGUCCUGCAUGAAUAAGGACGGACUGCUGGUGGCUCAAGGCGGAGGCUUCAUCACCCGAGAGUUUCUGAAGAGCCUGCGCAAACCCUUCAGUGACAUGAUGGAGCCCAAGUUUCAGUUCGCCAUGAAGUUCAACGCUUUAGAGCUGGACGACAGUGACCUGGCGCUGUUCGUGGCUGCCAUCAUCUGCUGUGGAGACCGUCCCGGACUCAGCAACGUGCCACAGAUCGAGCGCAUCCAGGAGAGCGUAAUCCACUCUCUGCGGCUCCACCUGACGUCCAACCACCCCGACAACAGCUUGCUGUUCCCAAAACUGCUGCAGAAACUGGCCGACCUGCGGCAGCUGGUGACGGAGCACGCGGAGCUGGUGCAGGAGAUCAACAAGACAGAAGACGCGUCACUCCACCCGCUCCUGCAGGAGAUCUACAGAGACAUGUACUGAGCUCACACGUAUGCAUUCGACCAGGAGAUAAACAGGAGACCGGCAGUAACAUGUUUAGGGUGUGCACCUACAUCAGGAUCAUCGUAGGGUACGGCCAGUGUAACGAAUAGCCUCAUCAUAAUUGCACUGAUCUUUACUAAGGCACUGACCUUUAUAAGGAGUAAGCUAGACAAGUGCAAUAGAUGCUUUCCAAACAUACUUAGUAUAUUCCUGAAAGGUGUCAUGAAAAAGAAAUACGCACCUUAAUGAUUCAGGUUUACAUGUCAGCAGUAAACGGGAAGCAGUACAUCAUUAAAGUAAGUUUUGUUUUUGGCGCUUUUAUAAAAGCGGAGCUGCUCCUCUGCUCCAUCAUAAUGUCAUAUUCGCAGGCUGGAGUUGUAGAUAUGGGAACGUGGCUAACGAAGUGUAACUUUUAGAGUGGUCUGCGUCAUACCAUACAGUUAAGACGAGAAGGAUAUAAACGGAAGUGGGAGCCAGCUGUAAGUGUGUGGGUCUUGAGCUCCAAGUGGGCUGUACAAAGCUGGAGUUUUGAUUUAUUUAAAGUUUUGUACAUGACACCGAGUUCAAUAUUGUGCUUUAUGAACGUCUGCACCUACCCCAACCAUAAACCCAACCUCACAGUAAACUGAUGUGUUGUGAUGUGUAUCUGCUCCACCUACAGUACAGCACCCUGCAAACCACAGUAACCUGAUUUGUUUUAGUAUCGUCUACUACACCUACUCCAGCUCUAAACCCAACCUCACAGUAACCUGAUGUGUUUUAGUAACAUCUACACUUGCUCCACCUAGACCCAAUCUCACAGUAACCUGAUGUGUUUUAUUAAUAUCUGCUCCACCUACACCAGCUAACCCAAGCUACUUUGGUUUAAAUCUGUCCCACUUACAGGUCAACCAACCCACUUACGGUGUAAUCCAUCCCACUCGGUGGUCUCUGGGCUGCAGCGAUACCUACUUGAUUAAUAUGGGCAGUUGUUGUUUUAUAAAGAAUAUAGCAGCGGUGUGUGUGUGUGUGUGUGUGUGUGUGUGUGUGUGUGUGUGUGUGUGUGUGUGUGUGUGUGUGUGUGUGUGUGUGUGUGUGUGUGUGUGUGCGCGUGCGUGUGCACUUGUGCUGUAAUCUUGAAUCCAAAACAAUUGUCCUCUGUUGUCUGAUGAUGUUUUGAGGGCAGCCUGUCAAUCACACAAGAUCGCAACAAAGGCAAAACAGAUCUAUCACAAUAAAAAAAUAAAAAAAAGUAUGACUGCAUAUUUUGAUAAAGAAUAACCUUUGCAACUGGUAAAGAAGUGUGCUGUUUAUAGAAAGAAUUUGUAAUGAUAAAUGAACGUCAUUCAUGUUGAACAAUUGCCAUCCACAAAUCGUGUCCUGUGGCCUCAUGGAAUCGUAAAGAGUCGAUUGUGUUGACAUUUGACAAUCUCAACUGAAAUAGCAGCUGCAGUUUGAUCAUUGUGAAUGAAAGUGUACUACUUUUAUAAAUGUCCUAUGUUGUAGGGUUAUGGAGAGGGGUCUGGGAGCAGACCUGGUGCAGUGCAAUCUGAGCUGCAUCCAAUGCUUUGUAAUGCACACCCCUAACCCCACCCCUCACAGUGACGCGAGCAGCUCCAUUGAGCGCAUUGUGUCUGAUAUUGCAUGAGCGAGAUAUGCAAUCUCAGCUUGCAUCAUCAAGACUGCAUCUUGCCUUGCAGACAUUCUUUUGCCAAAUUAGCACCAGCAAUCAGGAGUUAAAGCUUGUGAAAUGAAAAGUGAGCGUGCUGUAAACGAGGUGAUGAUCUAGGGUUGAAUGUACAGAGAUAGCUGUAUCAAACAGAUGGUCGUUGCCUUAUUUGAAAGACUUGUACAUUGAGCAUCAUUUGUAAAAUGUUUUGUAUUAUGAAAAGAGUAUUGUACAUUGUAUAGCACUCCAACUGUAAUUGUAUUGUACAGAUGUGUUGACUAUGAGAAGUGUAAAUGAUGGUUUUAUUGUGUUUUUGGGAGGGGAAAAUGUGUUGAUUUAAGCAUUUAGGGAAAUGAAAUUUGAUUUGGAGAAAACGCUUUGUAGAUUUGCAACUUAAAGAAACAUCUCAUCUCAUCUUUCCUUUUGACUCUUUGUUUGUGUAAUUAAUUACUGGUAACCGGUGUUUGUAGUUUGAGAUGAAAUACAUUUAUUCGUUUAUUUUUCUUCA